AUCACGCUGCCGUGCGGCAGAGAGUUGUUUGCUUCACGUCCCGAUAUUUACGGCGUCUAGGCUGAGAGAGGAAAGGUGAGUCCAGGAAGGUCCGGCAUAGGGUGGCGCCCUGCGCAUCUCAUCCCGCGCUUGGACACACUGUGUCGCUUCCCAGUGGCCGCGGGGGGGGACAGUCCGCUCCUGCAGUCCGCUGCUUGUUCUUAACUGGCUUCUGGUUGCAGCUCAUGAUUGUGACAUUUCUCGGUGGGGACUAGCAACAUGUGCGCCCGGAUGGUGUGAAGUGUGACACAGCGGCUUUGAGGUUGCAUUUCUCUCGGAUACGCCAAGUACCCGACGUUACGGCGCACCUUGUCUAAUAGAGAACCAUGAGCACUGUGGAGGAGGAGCCGGAUCACAUGAUACCAUGAAGACGAGCCUGCAGGUCCUGCGCUGCCAGCUGCUGAGUGUUCUAGCAUUCCUAGCACUGCUAGUAGGACUGGUGUCAUCAGCACAGGAGCUGUACCUCGGCCAGACGUCCCAGGACUCUGUCUCCAUGGCAGCCGCCCACAGCAACCCCCUGUCUCCCCCCGAACCUCCGCACCUGAACUGGCAUCAGGAAGGCUCCAGUAGUGGGGAGUGGUCAUCCAAAGGUGGCGCUCAACCCACAAACAUCAUCCUCCCUACUGUCGCCUUCCACACGUCAGCCUGGCUUCACACCACCCAAACCUCCAGCCUGGCCCAUGAAGAUCCUCCUAUUCAUGACACAAAUAGUGUCGCCCUGAACACUGUGAGCACUGAAAGCUGGGUUAAUCAGCCCCAGGAGCCGAGCUCUGAUAUUGUAAACCAAGGCCACAUGCACAAAUUGGUCAGGGUACCUCAAGUCCAUAACCCAGUUACAGUCAGCACUAACCAGGCCAGCAGCAGCAGCCCUAAAUUUCUCAGCACAGUGGUCCCAAAUAUAGAUGUGGAAUCUACUGCCAGAGGUGCUCCAAACCCCCUGGCUCUUAUGUCCAGCUCUGGAUCAGACAGAGGAGAUACGCUCGCCGCACACCAUGUAGAGCCUCAGAAGUUGAGCGUGGAGGAACCCACUUACCCCAGCCACCAUGUUCCAGAUCUGCACCCCUCCUCACUGUCCCUUUCAUCAAUAGAUGGUGACCCUGCGCUUGGCCUGAAACUCAGAGAGCAUGCUCAGGGUGUCGCAGAGGUGGCUGCACACCACGCCAUCACCCUGAGGGAGGUGCAUGAGGCAAACGAGCCCCCCACUGUUGGGCUGGUGGUAGACCCAGAGGCAAGGUCUGUCUCCCCAGUCGAGAGCCCACCAGAGAAUCUAACUUCCACUGCGUCCACUCCAGCCCUGUCCACUGCGCCGAGCCUCAAAACGCAGAUUCCCACAGUCAGCCCAGACAACCACACUGCUCCCAGUGACACCACCACUGAGGAGGGGCAUGGUCAGGUUGUUCAAGGUAACGGCACAGACAAUCCCCCUCUGGGACGCUCGUUGGGGAAUGUAACUACAUCUGGAGGGCUGCUGUCUAACAGCAGUUCAGUCGAGGAGCCCCCUGCUCGGGGGAACAGUUCGGAGGCCCCUUCCACAGCCAGCAGGAACUUCCUGAACAGGCAGGUGCCUGCCACCACCCAGGAGCCCUGGACACCCAGCAACAGCUCAGGCCCCACCGUUGACUCCCCGCCGUCCCGCAUGACCAUCUGCUUGAGCAGGAUGGACAUUGUGUGGAUUGUGCUGGCCAUCAGCGUGCCUGUGUCCUCCUGUUCUGUGCUGUUGACCGUGUGCUGUAUGAGGAGGAAGAAGAAGUCGUCAAGUCAGGAGAACAACCUCAGCUAUUGGAACAACGCCAUCACCAUGGACUACUUCAGCAGGCACGCUGUGGAACUGCCCAGAGAGAUACACACUCUGGAGAGCGAGGAGCAUGACACCUGUCUACCCCCUAAUGGAGACUACAGUGGCAGCAGUGUGGUCCUGGUUAACCCUUUCUGCCAGGAGACCCUCUUCAUCAACAGAGACAAAGCUUCUGCCAUCUAGAGACAGAAAACGAGAGACACUGUUGGAUUCUUCUCUCCUACUCCCCCUGCUGUUGUUGUCUAUUUUAUAUAUGUGGUAAAUAUUCAGAGACUUUGACUUUAUACUGUAUAUUAUAAACACAAAGAGCAACCUGAAAGGAGAGUGAUGUAAACAGACACUAUUUACUAUGAGGAUGCACCUGCAUAUUUUUCUGAUGUACAUUUUCUACAAAAAAGGCUUAAUUGUGAUAAAAGGUUUUUAUUGUCUUUAUAAAAUACAGAGUAUAUGUGGUUUUGUUUCUUUACAGUGGCUUGAUGGUGAGUGCACUGUGGAUGUUGCCACACGAAAUCUGCUUUAGAGAGAGAAACGUGCUAUCGAAGCAUUUAAGCUGUUCUUUGUAAUUUUAUUUUUCCUUUUAAAAUCAAUCCCAAAAUACUUAUAGCCUGUUGAACUUGAAUAUAGCACCUAAAAUAUGUACUUGCAAAAUACUGUAUAUGAAAUCAGGGUCUGUAUUUAUCAAACUUCUAAGAAAGUUACAAAUGCCAUCAAGUUGGAGAACUGAAAUGUGAGAGUGGUAACCGUCAUGGACAACUCUCGUAGACAAGGAUUUAACCUACAUCUGCCCCAUUGUUCAUUCUUUAGAAAACAUCCUUAUAUUUUCCUCAAUGAUAUAUUAGUAUGCAUAUGUGAUAUUGAUUUUUUUAAAGUUCUUUUUCUUUGUGUAAAAUCCUUUUUAGUAUCUCCAGUAGCAAUUAAAAUCUGAAGGACAAUAUUCUCAUAUUUUUAUAAUAUACAAUAUUUUUUAUAUAAUAAUAAUGAUAUGUAAUAAUAUAUUUUAUUUAUAGAGCGACAGAAUAGAACAAAACAUAAAAUCUGACAUUAAAAGCAGGUUGAAAAAGGUUACAAGUACAGGAUAUACUGUAUAUGUACUAUGUAUAAGGAUUAGAUAAUAGGAAAUGGGAUGAAAUGUAAACAAAAAGAUAACAAAACUGGAGGAAGAAAGAAAUUUGCUGAUGCUAGAGAAGGUACAUAAGAGACAACAUAAUAUAAUAAGAAGAAUUUAGUACCACACUAACAAGUGCAGACAAUGAAGAUGCAUGGAAAGUGGCUGCAAAGCAAUAUGAGAGCCAGUUUGUUGUUUGCAACCCUGAUGAUAAAUGCAGGAAAAGUAAAGAAAAGUUGGGUUAACAUCCUAUCAUAUGCAAAUGUUAGUCUAAACCUACCUGAUUAUGACUUAUAGAGUUAGCAUAUUUUUCAUCAUGGACGAUGAUAUUGUCACUUUAAAACAUGACACAGAAGGUGUGUGUGUUAAGCUGCGUCUCUGUACUGACAUUUUCUAGGCUGAAGGUCACCUCUUUUAACCAAUUUAAAAGGACCUCUCCUUAAGUUAAGAGCAUUUUAAGUCAUAAAAUAACUGAUUAAUUGGUUUUAUUGUUAAGUUUGAAAGAAGGAGUAAAAGUGAAGGACUUUAAGUUUUAUUUCUCAGCAGUUUGAUAAAUACGAGCCCAGAUUUUAAUGGUUAAUUAGAGUGGACUAUUUGGAUGAUAUGGGGUCUACAUCUUGCAGUUAUGAAUGAUGGUGCAUCUGUCAGUCAAAUGGAGCUGACUUAAAAUGGCUUUCGCCCUCAUGUGUCACCAGCUUCUCUUAGGAGGGACCACAUAGAUGUCUUAAUUCUUUAUGUUGGCCCUUUAUAUAUCAGUAUGUGUAUGUGUGAAUGUCUCGUUCAUGCAUGUAAGCAUACUGUGUGAGUGUGCAGUAGAGUGUGUAAGGGUGGACGAAUGAGUUGAAAUGUGCUGCCCCCUUAACCAAAUAUCACUGUUACUUUAAGUCAAACAAGACUUUGUAUCACUUUCAGCGUUUGAUCUGUUUCUCGGUGUGUGUCUGUUUGUGUGUGUGCCCCUGUAUGUUUGUCUUUCUGUCUGUCUGUCUCUUGUCUGUAUCGUGGAGUGGCUACUGGUUAUAGCCCAGUUUGAGAAAGAUUUUCUCAGCACUGUAGGAAACGAUUAGACCAUCCCUUGCUACUAGAAGUGUCUCCCUCCAUAAAUAACGUGUUUGUCCAUGCAAUGCCAACUGUGUUUGUUGAAAUGUUGAAUGAUUGUCAAUCAGUUGCUGGACCACAUAAUAUGUGUUAGAGGCUCUCAAAAAUCUUGACCAAUGAAAACACUGAGACAAAAAAUGUAUGCUGAAUAUUUACUGUGAGCACAUACAGAGGCGUUUGAAUAUUUUGUUCAAUUAUCGAACCUGUGGUCCUUCGAUCUUCUGUUUUACUUUGCAUUGCUGCAGUUUUAUUCAAUAAUCAAUGCUGCCUGCCUCUAUUGUCGCUAAAGAUUUUCUGCAUUGUGCGAUGUUGUUCUGAAAUCACUGAUUCAAGCGGUGGUGGUGAAUAACACGGUUAAACAUAUUGAUAUUUCCUGCAUUGGAUGCUCACAGCUGGGCUUGUUGUUUUGCACGCUGAAAAAGUGGAUAUUUUACAAAACGUUCAGUGGCACGGUGGAGCAGUGUUCAACAUUAUGUAUUUUUUGUACUGUAGUAUACACUGUACUUUUUACUGCUGAGCAAUAAAACAAACAAAAAA